CCCCGCCACGCACCCGUCCCCAGUUGCUCCAGCCCACCGAUGCUGACACACACUCCUCCUCCGGGCGGCGAGCACAGGGGCGUGAGCACAGGGGUUUUUGAGUGACACAUGCUGCGGUAGUCUCCCGCUGUAUGGCCGUGGAUUAGCUAUAUGCUAAUUUCGACAGGAGAAGGGAGCCAGCGGAGUCUGAACAGGCUCCUUUGCAGCCAUGGCUGAAGGUGGAGAAGGAGAGGAUGAGAUCCAGUUCCUCAGAACUGAUGAUGAAGUGGUGCUCCAGUGUGUGGCUUGCAUCCAGAAGGAGAAUCGCAAGUUCUGCUUGGCUGCCGAGGGGCUCGGCAAUCGACUGUGUUACCUGGAGCCCACAUCUGAGGCAAAGUAUGUUCCCCCAGACCUUUGCAUCUGCACCUUUGUGCUGGAACAGUCCCUGUCAGUGCGAGCCCUGCAGGAGAUGCUGGCUAAGAGCGGACAGAACAGCGAAGGGAGGCUCAUAAGGAAGGCAGCGCAGAGUGGCGGACACAAGACUCUGCUGUACGGACACGCCAUCCUCCUGCGGCAUUCCUUCAGCUCUAUGUACCUGGCCUGUUUGAAGACAUCAAGGUCACAGACAGAUAAGCUUUCCUUUGAUGUCGGCCUGCAGGAGGAUUCAACAGGUGAGGCUUGCUGGUGGACAAUCCAUCCAGCCUCCAAGCAGAGAUCAGAGGGAGAGAAAGUACGCAUCGGCGAUGACCUCAUCCUCGUCAGCGUGUCCUCAGAGCGAUACCUUCAUUUAUCCAUCUCAAGUGGCAACAUCCAGGUGGAUGCUUCCUUCAUGCAGACUCUGUGGAACGUCCAUCCCAUCUGCUCUGGUAGCAACAUAGAAGAAGGCUACCUGUUAGGUGGUCACGUGAUGCGGCUAUUCCACGGACAUGACGAGGUUGUUACCAUCCCGGGAUCAGACCAGAGUGAAGAGCAGCAGAGGAUAGUCAACUAUGAGACGGGUAAAGCUGGUGCCAAGGCGAGGUCUUUGUGGAGGCUGGAGCCACUCCGAAUCAGCUGGAGCGGGAGCCACAUCCGCUGGGGUCAGCCCUUCCGGCUACGGCACCUGACCACCGGUCACUACCUGGCUCUAACGGAGGACAGGGGGCUGGUGCUUCAGGAUCGGGAGAGGUCUGACACCGUUGCAACAGCCUUCUGCUUCAGAGCCUCUAAGGAGAAGCUGGAGCAGAGCCCCAAGCGCGACAUCGAGGGAAUGGGAGUGGCCGAGAUUAAAUACGGGGACUCGAUCUGCUUCAUCAUGCACGUGGCCACGGGUCUCUGGCUCUCCUACCAGGCGCCCGAUGUCAAAUCUGCUCGUCUGGGUCCCCUCAAGAGAAGAGCAUGCCUGCAUUCUGAAGGUCACAUGGAUGACGGAUUGACCCUCCAGCGCUGUCAGCACGAGGAGUCCCGCGCCGCACGCAUCAUCCGCAACACCACGCUUCUCUUUAAGCGAUUCAUCAGAGACCUGGAUUGUCUGGGUGUUAAGAACAGGGCACUGGUCGCUCUGCCCGUGGAGGAGGUGCUCCAAACCCUUAAUGACCUCAUCACUUAUUUCCAGCUCCCCGAUGCCGAGCUGGAGCACGAAGAAAGGCAGAUCAAGCUGCGUUCGCUCAAAAACAGACAGAACCUCUUCAAGCAGGAAGGCAUGCUGACUCUGGUGUCCAACUGUAUUGACCGACUGAACGUCUAUAACAGCGCCGCACAUUUCGGGGAGUGCGCGGGCUCGGAGGCCGGAGCGGCCUGGAAAGACAUUCUCAACCUGCUGUAUGAGCUGCUGGCUGCGUUAAUCCGAGGGAACCGCAACAACUGCACACAGUUCUCCAACAACCUGGACUGGCUGGUGAGCAAGCUGGAGAGACUGGAGUCUUCUUCAGGGAUUCUGGAAGUUCUGCACUGCAUUUUAAUCGAGAGCCCCGAGGCGCUCAAUAUCAUCCAGAAAGGACACAUUAAAUCCAUCAUAUCGCUGCUGUACAAGCAUGGACGCAACCACAAGAUACUAGAUGUGCUCUGUUCACUGUGUGUGUGUAACGGCGUAGCUGUGCGAACCAAUCAGAACCUCAUCUGCGAUCACUUGCUGCCCAAGAGAGAUCUGCUGUUGCAAACCCAGCUGGUCAAUGAUGUCCAGAGCAUGAGACCGAACAUCUUCCUGGGUGUGAGUGAAGGCUCGGCUCAGUACAAAAAGUGGUACUAUGAACUCAUGAUCGACCAGGUGGACCACUUUGUGACCAGCGAGCCCUCCCACCUCAGAAUCGGCUGGGCGAACACAAAAGGCUAUGCACCCUACCCGGGAGGAGGAGAGGGCUGGGGUGGUAAUGGAGUUGGUGAUGAUCUCUACUCGUACGGCUUUGAUGGACUCCACCUCUGGUCAGGUCGUAUCCCGCGGGCGGUUGCGUCCAUGAACCAGCACAUUCUGACCUCAGAGGACGUGGUGAGCUGCUGCCUGGACCUCGGAGCCCCCAGCAUAUCCUUCAGGAUCAACGGACAGCCCGUCCAGGGCAUGUUUGAAAAUUUCAACACAGACGGACUCUUCUUCCCUGUCGUCAGUUUCUCUGCAGGUGUCAAGGUUCGUUUCCUGUUGGGUGGACGGCACGGUGACUUUAAGUUCCUGCCUCCAUCAAGCUACGCACCGUGUUAUGAGGCUCUGCUGCCAAAAGAGAAGAUGAAGGUGGAGCCGGUGAAAGAGUAUAAGAGAGAUGUGGACGGAGUUCGAGAUCUGCUGGGCACCACCCAGUUCAUGUCGCAGGCCUCCUUCAUCCCCACACCUGUGGAAACCAGCCAGAUUGUCAUGCCGCCUCAUUUGGAGAAGGUUCGGGACAAGCUGGCUGAAAAUAUCCAUGAGCUCUGGGGCAUGAAUAAGAUUGAGCUUGGCUGGUCUUAUGGCAAGAUAAGGGAUGAUAAUAAGCGGCAGCAUCCGUGCCUGGUGGAUUUCUCCAAGCUGCCGGAAACAGAAAAAAACUACAAUCUGCAGAUGUCAACGGAGACUCUGAAGACCCUGCUGGCGUUAGGCUGUCGUAUAGUUCACAUGAAUCCAAAUGCUGAGGACUCUCUCAAAAAGAUAAAGCUCCCUAAGAACUACAUGAUGUCCAAUGGUUAUAAGCCGUCCCCUCUGGACCUGUCCGAUAUCAAACUGACUCCGGGGCAGGAGCUGCUGGUGGACAAACUGGCAGAGAACGCUCACAAUGUGUGGGCCAAGGACCGGAUCAAACAGGGAUGGACAUACGGGAUUCAGCAGGAUCUUAAAAGUAAGCGUAACCCUCGCCUGGUUCCUUAUGCUCUGCUGGAUGAACGCACCAAGAAGUCGAACAGGGACAGCCUGCGGGAAGCUAUCCGCACUCUGAUUGGCUACGGGUACAACAUCGAGCCCUCGGACCAGGAAAGCGGACAAGUCUCGGAGCGCCUCAGCAUUGAUAAGAUCCGCUUCUUUAGGGUAGAGAGAACAUACGCAGUGAAGACCGGGAAGUGGUACUUCGAAUUUGAGGCUGUCACCGGUGGAGACAUGAGAGUGGGCUGGGCCAGACCUGGGUGUAAGCCAGAUGUGGAGCUUGGCACAGAUGAGCUUGCGUUUGUCUUUGAUGGAUACAGGGGCCACUGCCUGAACAUGGGCAGCCGGCUGUUUGGGCGCUGUUGGCAUGCUGGGGAUGUGGUGGGCUGCAUGAUCAACAUGGAGGACAAGUCCAUGAUCUUCACUCUGAACGGGGAGAUCCUGAUCACCACCAAGGGCUCUGAACUCUGCUUCACGGACUUUGAAACUGAGGAUGGGUUUAUUCCAGUGUGUAGCCUCGGUCUGUCGCAGGUGGGUCGUAUGAAUCUCGGGAAGGAUGCUAGCACCUUUAAGUACUACACCAUGUGCGGCUUGCAGGAGGGAUUCGAGCCAUUUGCCGUCAACAUGAAUCGAGAGGUCACGAUGUGGUUCAGCAAGCGUCUGCCUACUUUUGUCAACGUGCCGAAGGACCACAACCACAUUGCGGUAACCAGGAUCGACGGCACCAUCGACAGCCCUCCUUGUCUCAAAGUCACCCACAAGACGUUUGGGACACAGAACAGUAACGCAGACAUGGUGUUUUGUCGUCUGAGCAUGCCUGUGGAGUUCCACUCCGUCUUCAAGAUCAGCCCUGUGGUGGACAUGAACGGUGUUCAUGAGGAAGAAACCCUUAAAGUUAAACACAGAUAUCCACUGAGAUCUGUGAGGCACAGCGAUGAAAGUAGACGAGUGGACUACAGCAGCAUCACUACGUACUACCAUUCAGUGAGGGUCUUUGCAGGUCAGGACCCUGCCUGUGUGUGGGUUGGAUGGGUUACUCCUGACUACCAUUACUAUAGCAACAGCUUCAACCUCAGCAAGAAUCGUACAGUGACUGUAACCCUGGGCGAUGAACGUGGGCGAGUCCACGAGAGCGUGAAGAGGAGUAACUGCUACAUGGUGUGGGGUGGUGAUGUCACCAGCACUUCCCACACCUCCGGUCGCAGCAAUGUGGAUCUGGAGAUCGGCUGUCUAAUAGAUUUGGCCACUGGCCUAUUGACAUUCACCGUCAAUGGCAAAGAUAUCUCUACCUCCUACCAGGUGGAACCAAACACCAAGCUUUUCCCUGCCGUGUUUGUGCGACCCACCAGCCCCAGCCUCUUUCAGUUUGAACUGGCUAAAAUAAAGAACGCCAUGCCUCUGUCAUCAGCCAUCUUCAAGAGUGAGCAUAAGAACCCGGUUCCACAGUGUCCGCCCCGACUGGAUGUCCAGACCAUAAACGCCGUGCUGUGGAGCCGCAUGCCCAACAGUUUUCUCAAAGUGGAAACGGCCAGGGUUAAUGAGAGGCAUGGAUGGGUGGUUCAGUGCGUGGAGCCCCUGCAGAUGUUGGCAGUGCACAUACCUGAAGAGAACAGGUGCGUUGAUGUCAUGGAGCUCUCGGAGCAGGAGGACAUGAAGAAGUUCCACUAUCACACCUUGAAACUGUACUGUGCCCUCUGCGCUCUGGGAAACACUCGUGUGGCCCACGCCCUUUGCAGCCACCUGGACCAAUCACAGCUCUUAUACACCAUCGACAAUCAGUACCUGUCUGGCAUGUUACGCGAGGGCUUCUACAAUGUUCUGAUUAGCAUCCACCUGGAGACAGCCAAAGAGGCACGACUCAUGAUGAAAGAUGAGUUCGUCAUUCCUGUCACGGCCGAGACACGCUCCAUUCGUCUCUUUUCUGAUGCUUCUAAAAAGCACCUCCCGCCCGGGGUGGGGCUUAGCACCUCCCUGAAACCACGCCUAAACUUUACCCCACCGUGCUUCAUCAGCACCAAACGGGAGCAUCUGUACAGUCCCCAAAUCCCACUGGAUGCACUGAAGGAGAAAGCGAUUUCGAUGUUGACAGAGGCUGUUCAAAGCGGAGGGCACCACAUCCGAGAUCCUGUCGGAGGAUGCGUGGAGCACCAGUUUGUUCCAAUCCUGAAGCUCAUUAGCACCUUGCUGACGAUGGGUGUUUUAGGAAGCGAGGACGUUCGUAAGAUUUUACUGCUCAUUGACCCGAACGUCUUCAAAGAGGCAAGAGAGGAGGGAGCCACGGGGGCCACAGACAAAGAGGGGCUAACAGGGGCAGAGGAAAAGGCGGUGGAAGCUGGAGAAGAAGAGGCAAUCAAAGAGGCUCAACAGCCAAUGGAAGGACUGCUGGAGAAGAGGCUGCCAGAGCCGGUUAAACGACAGAUGUGCGAGCUGCUUCACUAUUUCUGUGACUGCGAACUGAAGCACCGUAUCGAGGCCAUUGUGUCCUUUUCUGACAGCUUCGUGUCCAAGCUGCAGUACAACCAGAAGUUCCGCUACAAUGAGCUGAUGCUGGCCCUCAAUAUGUCUGCUGCUGUUACAGCAAAGAAGACCAAAGAGUUCAGAUCACCGCCUCAAGAACAGAUCAACAUGCUGCUGAACUUCAGUAUGGGAGAGGACUGCCCGUGCCCUGCAGACAUCCAGGAGGAACUCUAUGAUUUUCAUAAUCAGCUGCAGCUCCACUGUGGAAUCCCUAUGGAGGAAGACGAAGACGAGCAGGAUACAUCGAUUAAAGGUCGCCUCCUUAUGCUGGUGAGCAGGAUCAAAGGCCAGGCGCACAAAGCAGAGGAGCCCACGAAGAUGGAGCAAGCUGCACCCUCCAAUCUGAAAGAGCUUAUCUCUCAGACCAUGGUCAGCUGGUCCCAGGAGUGUCACAUCCAGGACCCUGAACUUGUUCGCAAAAUGUUCAGCCUGCUGAGGAGGCAGUACGACAGCGUUGGAGAGCUCCUCCGGGCCAUGAGGAAGACGUACACCAUCAGCGCUGCCUCGGUCCAGGACACCAUCAACCUCUUGGCCUCCCUGGGUCAGAUCAGAUCUCUGCUGUCAGUUCGAAUGGGAAAGGAGGAGGAAAAGCUCAUGAUUGAUGGACUGGGUGACAUUAUGAACAACAAGGUCUUCUACCAGCACCCGAACCUCAUGAGAAUACUGGGCAUGCAUGAGACUGUCAUGGAGGUCAUGGUCAAUGUCCUCGGAGGAGACAAGUCCCAGGAAAUUGCCUUUCCCAAGAUGGUGGCCAGCUGUUGUCGCUUCCUGUGCUACUUCUGCCGGAUCAGCCGUCAGAAUCAGAAGGCCAUGUUUGACCACCUCAGUUACCUACUGGAGAACAGCAGCGUGGGCCUAGCUUCGCCAGCUAUGAGGGGCUCCACUCCUCUAGAUGUGGCUGCUUCCUCAGUGAUGGACAAUAACGGGCUGGCUCUGGCACUUGAAGAACCUGACCUGGACAAGGUGGUCACCUACUUGGCUGGCUGUGGUCUUCAGAGUUGUCCAAUGCUUCUGGCUAAAGGUUAUCCAGACAUUGGCUGGAACCCCAUUGAGGGAGAGCGCUAUCUGUCCUUCUUGCGGUUUGCUGUCUUUGUGAACGGCGAGAGUGUGGAGGAGAACUCGAGUGUUGUGGUGAAGCUGCUGAUCCGUCGUCCGGAGUGUUUCGGACCUGCUCUGAGAGGAGAGGGAGGGAACGGUCUCCUGGCUGCCAUGAAGGAAGCUAUUAAGAUCUCUGAGACGCCCGCUUUGGACCUCCCAGGCUCCGUCCAGGGAGUUAGCUCUGAUGUGUCUGGUGAUGGUGACGAUGAAGAGGAGGUGGUCCACAUGGGCAAUGCCAUCAUGUCGUUCUAUUCUGCUCUCAUCGACCUGUUAGGACGUUGUGCCCCUGAGAUGCAUCUCAUCAACAAAGGGAAAGGCGAAGCUCUGCGCAUUCGUGCUAUCCUGCGCUCUCUAGUGCCUACUGAGGACCUCGUGGGAAUCAUUAGCAUACCGCUCAAAAUGCCCAUUACUAACAAAGAUGGGUCAGUGACAGAGCCGGACAUGUCGGCAAGCUUCUGUCCGGACCACAAGGCCCCCAUGGUGCUGUUUUUAGACAGAGUGUAUGGUGUGGAAGCCCAGAGCUUUCUGCUUCACCUGCUUGAAGUUGGCUUCCUCCCUGACCUGAGGGCUGCUACUUCUCUGGACACGGAGGGUCUGUGUACCACCGAGACAGCCCUGGCUAUGAACCGCUACAUCGGUUCAGCCAUGCUGCCCCUCCUCACCCGCUGCGCCCCUCUCUUUGCUGGCACCGAGCACUACGCCACCCUCAUAGACUCCACCCUGCACACCAUCUACCGCCUGUCCAAGGGCCGAUCGCUGACCAAGGCGCAGAGAGAUGCGAUAGAGGAGUGUUUGCUGUCUGUUUGCAAGCACCUUCGUCCCUCCAUGCUGCAGCAGCUCCUGCGCCGCCUCGUCUUUGAUGUGCCCUUGUUGACUGAUUACUGCAAGAUGCCUCUAAGGCUGCUAACCAACCACUAUGAGCAAAACUGGAAGUACUACUGCCUCCCUUCAGGCUGGGGCAGCUUUGGAACAGCCUCUGAAGAUGAACUAUUGCUUACCAAGAAGAUCUUCUGGGGAGUGUUUGACUCUUUGUCUCAGAGGAAGUACGACCCUGAGCUGUUCAAGAUGGCCAUGCCUUGUCUCAGUGCCAUAGCUGGAGCUUUGCCGCCAGACUAUGUGGAUGCCUCCAUUUGUACCACUGUGGAAAAGCCUGUUUCUGUGGAUGCUCAGGGCAACUUUGACCCCAAACCAAUCAAUACGGCUAACAUCGCUCUUCCAGAGAAACUUGAGCAUUUUGCCAACAAGUACGCCGAGCAUACCCAUGAGAAAUGGUCUGCAGAGAAGGUGCUGCUGGGGUGGAAAUAUGGAGACUGUGUUGAUGAGAAGGCGAAGACUCAUCCUCAGCUGAGAACCUACAAAGGCCUCACGGAGAAGGAGAAGGAUAUUUACAGAUGGCCUAUUAGAGAGUCCCUGAAGAGUAUGCUGGCAAUGGGGUGGAGUAUUGAUAGGACCAAAGAUGGAGAGAGCAUGUCUCAACAGAGGGAGACUGAGAAAAUGAGAAAGAUAUCUCAGGCCUCACAGGCUAACGGCUUCAAUCCGAGCCCAAUAGACACAAGCAACGUGGUUCUAUCCAGAGAGCUGCAAGGGAUGGUGGAGGUGGUGGCUGAAAAUUACCAUAACAUCUGGGCCAAGAAGAAGAAAAGUGACCUUGGAAGUCGAGGAGGGGGAACACAUCCUCUGUUGGUGCCCUACGACACGCUGACGGCCAAGGAGAAGGCCCGCGAUCGAGAGAAGGCUCAGGACCUUUUUCGCUUCCUGCUAAUCAAUGGAUAUAGCAUCACAAGAGGUCUGAAGGACUUGGAGCAGGAUUCCUCCUCCAUGGAGAAAAGGUUUGCCUACAAAUUCCUCAAGAAGCUGCUCAAAUAUGUUGACUCAGCCCAGGAAUUCAUUACCCACUUAGAAGCCAUGGCUGCCAGCGGGAAGACAGACAGGUCACCUCAUGAGCAAGAAAUCAAGUUUUUUGCCAAAGUGCUCCUCCCUCUCAUUGACCAGUACUUUAAGAACCACUCUCUCUACUUCCUGUCCUCCCCUAAUAAGAAUCUAAGCAGCAGCGGCUAUGCCUCCAACAAGGAGAAAGAAAUGGUCACCAGCCUCUUUUGUAAACUGGCAGCUCUUGUCAGACAUAGGAUUUCACUUUUUGGGAGUGACUCCACCACCAUGGUCAGCUGUCUGCAUAUCCUGGCACACACACUCGAUACCAGGACAGUGAUGAAGUCGGGCUCCGAGCAGGUGAGGGUGGGGCUGAGGACGUUCUUCGAGAACGGCGCAGAGGAUCUGGAGAAAACGUUUGAGAACCUGAAGCUGGGGAAGUUCACCCACUCCCGCUCGCAGAUGAAAGGAGUGUCGCAGAAUAUCAACUACACCACCGUAGCUCUGCUUCCCAUCCUAACUGCUCUGUUUGAACACAUUACUCAACACCACUUUGGAGUCGACCUGCUCCUGGAUGACGUCCAAGUGUCCUGCUAUCGAAUCCUGACCAGCCUCUAUGCUCUGGGCACUGGGAAAAACAUCUAUGUAGAAAGACAGCUGCCAGCUCUCGGUCAGUGUCUGGCAACUCUGGCCGGUGCCUUGCCUGUUGCCUUCCUAGAGCCGCAACUCAACCCGUACAACCCCUGCUCAGUUUUUAAUACGAAGAGCGCCAGAGAACGAGCCACCCUAGGAAUACAAGACUCAGUGGAGGAAAUGUGUCCUGGCAUGCCACGGCUGGACCGCCUCAUGAAGGACAUCAAUGACAUGGCAGAGUCUGGAGCGCGGUACACAGAGAUGCCCCAUGUGAUUGAGGUGGUGCUGCCCAUGCUGUGUAACUAUCUGUCCUACUGGUGGGAAAGGGGUCCUGAAAACCAGCCGGCCAGCGGUGGAAGCAUCUGCUGUACCACAGUCACCUCGGAGCACCUCAGUCUGAUUCUCGGCAACAUCCUCAAGAUCCUCAACAACAACCUGGGCAUCGAUGAGGCCUCGUGGAUGAAGAGAAUUGCAGUGUACGUACAGCCCAUCAUCAGCAAGGCCCGUGCAGACCUGCUGAAGAGCCACUUCCUGCCCACGCUGGAGAAACUAAAGAAGAAGACAGUGAAAGUGGUGGCUGAGGAAGAGCUCCUCAAGGCCGACUGUAAAGGAGACACUCAGGAGGCCGAGCUGCUCAUCCUGGACGAGUUUGCCGUACUCUGCAGGGACCUGUACGCGUUUUACCCUAUGCUCAUUCGUUAUGUGGACAACAACAGGUCAAGGUGGCUGAAAGAACCAGAUUCAGACUCUAAUGACCUCUUCAGGAUGGUCGCAGAGAUAUUUAUCCUUUGGUGCAAGUCACAUAAUUUCAAAAGAGAAGAACAAAACUUUGUGGUCCAGAAUGAAAUCAACAACCUUUCAUUCUUGACUGGAGAUAAUAAAACCAAGAUGUCCAAGUCCUUUAAGGAAAAGUCUGGGGGACAAGAUCAGGAGAGGAAGCACAAGAAGAGGCGAGGUGAGUUCUACUCCAUCCAAACCUCACUGAUUGUAGCCGCCCUGAAGAAGAUGCUGCCUAUCGGUCUUAACAUGUGCACCCCGGGAGAUCAGGAGCUCAUCUCUCUGGCUAAGACACGCUACCUCAUGAAAGAUACAGAUGAUGAAGUUAAAGACCACAUUCGGCAGAACCUGCACCUUCGCGAAAAGUCUGAUGACCCUGCCGUGAGGUGGCAGCUCAACCUGUACAAGGACAUAGUGAUGAGGACUGAGGGGCUUUCAGACCCUGAGAAGGUGGUGGAUCGUAUCCAGAGGAUCUCUGCUGCCGUCUUUAACUUGGAGCAGGUGGAACAACCACUGAGAUCCAAAAAAUGUGUGUGGCAGAAGUUGCUGUCCAAGCAGAGGAAGCGCGCCGUUGUCGCCUGCUUCCGAAUGGCUCCGCUUUACAAUCUGCCGAGGCACAAAAAUAACAAUUACUUCCUGAAUUCCUACCGGCACAUUUGGCUGGAGAUUAUGCACGAGAACGCAGACUGUGACAGUCUGCUCUCAAUGCUGACGAAAAUACAGCCUAAAGUGGAGGAAGAGGAGGAGGAGGAGGUGAGAAAGCAGCCAGACCCUCUUCACCAGCUCAUUCUGCAUUUCAGCCAUAACGCUCUGACUGAAUGCAGUUCUCUGGAAGAGGAUCCCUUGUAUAUUGCCUAUGCAGAUAUGAUGGCAAAGAGUUGUGCUGAAGGCGAAGAAGAGGAAGGAAGAGAGAAAACAUUUGAGGAAAAGGAAAUGGAGAAGCAAAAGAUGCUGUAUCAGCAGGCCAGACUUCAUGACCGAGGGGCUGCGGAGAUGGUGCUUCAAAUGAUCAGCGCCAGCAAAGGUCGACUGGGUGCUACAGUAACUGUCACGCUCAAGCUGGGCAUCUCCAUUCUCAAUGGAGGGAACAUCCUGGUUCAACAGAAAAUGCUGGAUUAUCUCAAGGAAAAAAGAGAUGUUGGCUUCUUUAAAAGCUUGUCCGGACUCAUGAUGUCAUGCAGCGUCCUGGACUUGAAUGCUUUUGAAAGGCAAAAUAAAGCUGAAGGUCUGGGUAUGGUAACUGAAGAGGGAUCAAUCAACGUGAGUGAGCGGGGUUCCAAGGUACUGCAGAAUGAUGAAUUCACUAAGGAUCUUUUUAGGUUUCUGCAGCUUCUCUGCGAGGGACAUAACAAUGAUUUUCAAAACUUCCUAAGGACGCAGACAGGGAACACAACUACAGUCAAUAUAAUCAUUAGUACUGUGGACUACCUGCUAAGACUGCAGGAAUCCAUUAGUGAUUUCUACUGGUACUACUCUGGCAAGGAUGUCAUUGAUGAGGCCGGUCAGAGGAACUUCUCCAAAGCACUAGCAGUGGCAAAACAGGUGUUCAACUCUUUAACAGAGUAUAUACAGGGUCCGUGUAUAGGGAAUCAGCAGAGUCUGGCUCACAGCAGGCUGUGGGAUGCAGUGGUGGGCUUCUUGCAUGUUUUUGCCAAUAUGCAGAUGAAGUUAUCUCAGGACUCCAGUCAGAUUGAAUUACUAAAGGAGCUGCUGGACCUGCAGAAGGACAUGGUCGUCAUGAUGCUCUCGCUACUUGAAGGUAAUGUUGUGAAUGGAACUAUCGGCAAACAGAUGGUGGACACCUUGGUGGAAUCUUCCAGUAACGUGGAGAUGAUCCUGAAAUUUUUCGACAUGUUCCUCAAGUUGAAGGACUUGACCACUUCGGACAGCUUCAAGGAGUACGACCCCGAGAGCAAAGGCGUCAUCUCAAAGAAGGAUUUCCAGAAGUCCAUGGAGAACCAGAAGCAGUAUUCUCAGUCUGAGAUUGAGUUUCUUCUCUCCUGCGCCGAGGCUGACGAGAACGACAUGUUCAACUACGAGCAGUUUGUUGAGAGGUUUCACGAACCGGCAAAAGACAUCGGCUUUAACGUCGCCGUGUUGCUAACCAAUCUUUCAGAGCACAUGCCUCACGAUGCCCGCCUCUCAACUUUCCUGGACCUGGCCGAAAGCGUCCUCAGCUACUUCGAGCCUUACUUGGGCCGCAUUGAGAUCAUGGGCGGAGCCAAGCGCAUCGAGAGAGUGUACUUCGAGAUCAGCGAGUCGAGUCGCACGCAAUGGGAGAAGCCUCAGGUGAAAGAGUCGAAGCGGCAGUUCAUCUUUGACGUGGUCAACGAGGGCGGAGAGAGCGAGAAGAUGGAGCUGUUUGUAAAUUUCUGCGAGGACACGAUCUUCGAGAUGCAGCUGGCCUCUCAGAUUUCAGAGCCAGACCCCGUUGAGCGCCCGGAGGAAGAAGAGGAUGACAUCCAGACCAUGAUGGAGAACCAGGAAGAGGAAGACGAGGAGAGCGCGAUGAUGGAGUCUUCCUCGGCAUUUACAAUCGCAUGCAUCUCCAUGAGGAAGAGCUUGUGUCACUUCCGCCAGCUGCUUACCCUUAAAAGCAUGCGGCGGCAAUUCAGGAAAUUCAGGAAGAUGAGCGUGAAGGAGAUGGUGCGGGGCUUCUUCUCCUUCUUUUGGAUGAUCAUCACGGGCCUCUUUCACUUUGUUUACAGCCUAAUUUGGGGAUUCUUCCACAUCUUGUGGACCACGAUGUUUGGGGGUGGCCUCGUUGAAGGGGCUAAGAACAUGAAGGUUACAGAUAUUUUGGGAAACAUGCCUGACCCCACUCAGUUCGGGAUCCAUGGAGACGUGUUAGAAACGGAAAAGAUGGAGGCAAGCGAAGCGUCAGCGUUGGCGGAGUUGGGUCAGAUGGCUCAAGGGGAAGCAGCAGAGGCAGAUCUGAUGGCUGAGCUACUCAACAUACAGCCGAAGAAGGAGGGCAAGCACGGGGCCGAGCCAGGUUUGGGGGAUGUGUCUGAGGUGGUGGUGGGAGAUGCCCCAUCAAUAGCCAGUGCGGUCAAGCAGAAGAAGGCACAGAUGGCUGCAAAGACGAGGGCUGUGAACGGAGACUACAGAUCUGAUACAGAGAAGGGAGAUUCAGAAGAUGGUGAGAAGAAGGACCACGACAAGAGCAGAGACGAAGCUCCUCCAGAGUUGUCAGUGGAGGAGAAGAAAGCCCCGAAGAAAAGGCUCGGCUUGAAGAAGGAGGCACCGGAGGCUUUCAUGGCGAGCUUCUUCGCUGGCUUGGAAGUCUACCAGACUAAGAUGCUGAACUACCUGGCAAGAAAUUUCUACAAUCUCCGCUUCUUGGCACUUUUUGUUGCCUUUGCUAUCAACUUUAUUCUUCUCUUCUACAAAGUGACCGGUGAUUACUCGGAUGAUGAAGACCCCUGGAACGGUCGAGGCAGAGCUGGGGAGGAGGAAGACGAGGGAGCGCUUGAGUAUUUCGUCUUGCAGGAGAGCACAGGUUACAUGGCACCAACACUUCGCUGUCUGGCAAUACUACACACCAUCAUAUCUUUCCUGUGUGUAGUGGGAUACUACUACCUGAAGGUGCCUUUGGUAGUGUUCAAGCGGGAGAAGGAGAUAGCAAGGAAGUUGGAGUUUGCGGGCCUCUACAUCACCGAGCAGCCGUCUGAUGACGACAUUAAAGGACAGUGGGACAGACUGGUCAUCAACACUCCCUCCUUUCCCAACAACUACUGGGAUAAAUUUGUCAAGCGCAAAGUGAUAAAAAAGUAUGGAGACCUUUACGGAGCAGAGAGGAUAGCAGAGCUGCUGGGGUUGGACAAGAGUGCCCUGGAUUUCAACCCUACAGAGGAAACUGUUGCCAAGGAGGCUUCACUGGUGUCAUGGUUGAGCUCAAUCGAUACAAAGUACCAUGUCUGGAAAAUGGGGGUUGUGUUUACAGAUAAUUCAUUCUUGUAUCUAGUUUGGUACACCACCAUGUCCAUCCUGGGUCACUACAACAACUUCUUCUUUGCCGCCCACCUGCUGGACAUCGCCAUGGGCUUCAAGACUCUCCGCACCAUCCUUUCAUCUGUCACGCACAACGGCAAACAGCUGGUGCUGACAGUGGGCCUGCUAGCUGUUGUGGUCUAUCUCUACACUGUGGUGGCCUUCAACUUCUUCAGGAAGUUUUACAACAAGAGUGAGGAUGAGGAUGAGCCGGACAUGAAGUGCGACGACAUGAUGACGUGCUACCUAUUCCACAUGUAUGUUGGGGUAAGAGCAGGAGGCGGGAUAGGGGAUGAGAUUGAGGACCCAGCUGGUGACCCCUAUGAGCUCUACCGCAUCCUGUUCGACAUCACGUUCUUCUUCUUUGUUAUUGUCAUCCUCUUGGCCAUCAUCCAGGGUUUGAUCAUUGAUGCCUUUGGAGAGUUAAGAGACCAACAGGAGCAGGUCAAAGAGGACAUGGAGACCAAAUGUUUCAUCUGUGGGAUCGGGAACGAUUACUUUGACACAACCCCCCACGGCUUUGAGACCCACACCUUACAAGAGCACAAUUUGGCCAACUAUCUGUUUUUCCUGAUGUACCUCAUCAACAAGGAUGAGACAGAGCACACUGGACAGGAGUCCUACGUGUGGAAGAUGUAUCAGGAGCGCUGCUGGGACUUUUUCCCAGCUGGAGAUUGCUUCCGCAAACAGUACGAAGAUCAGCUUGGAUAGAGCAGAUGCAUCCUCCUUACCUCUAUCUACGUGGCCUGCUGGAGCAUGUAGUCCCACCUACAACUGCUGGAAUACGACACACACUCCCACCACUGGUUUUGACUGGUGUGAGGAGAGGCAAAUGAAAAUGAUGUACCCUGUAACUGUCAGUACAGCACCCGUCUAUGAGGAAAUGACCUAUAACUUGCCCAGACAUUUAGGUUUUCUUUUGGUUUGGGGGACUCGUUUUUGACAGCGUGUUGCCUUUUACUCCACAUAACCCCAAAUCAUUGCACAAUUUUUGUUUUCUUUUGGUCUUUUUGAGAAAUAUUGGGUUGUGUGGGGUUAUGGGGACAAUGUGUGAGUCAUAUUAUGCACAAUAUAUGAAUGUUGAACUUGAGACUUAAUGCCAAAAGAAAAGCAGUGGAGUAUAGUAGAUAUACAUAGUGCGCAAAAAUGUGAUUUAAGAAAAGAUUUUUUUUCGUCAGAUGUUGUAACAUUUAUCUAUCGAGAUGGAAUCUGUAGGAUGACGUGACAAAAGGUUUAUUGUGUAGGAUUUUUUUUUUAAAAAUGCCUAAAGUUCUUCAUGAAGUGCCUUACAGUACUGUAUCUACAUUACAAUGAAGCUAUGCAAAACUUUUGGUUUUUUUCUUUAUUGUAUGUAAGUACAGUAGUUUUCCUGGAGCAGUAACAAGUAGCUGUCCAGAUAUGUAGUUUGUGGCUGAACACUUUCAUUUGAACGUGGAAGAAGAGCAUUGGGACAAUUUCUUUUGUUGCCGAAUGCAGCGUAACUGCAAAUGUUCAAGAUACACAGUGUAUAAAUGACACAACAGAAUUUACUGAAGACUUUCAAACAAGAACAGAAAAAAAUGAAUUGCUAUUGUAUGGCCAUUUGUAUGUAAUAGCUUUGCUGAUCUGUGCAUUUCUUUUGAUGGAAAAAAAAAUAAAGAAAUUGA